AUCCUGGUGCGUAGAGGUCACGACAGAAAUACCCGGAACACACUAUCUUUCUUUCUUCGUUUUCUUAUUAUCGGUAAUCAUUUCGCAACAAUGUCGACUGCUAUGAAUUUUGGAAACAAAGCAUUUAAACCUCGGGCUCCUGACAAAGGAGCCUUUCCUUUAGAUCACUUUGGAGAAUGUAAGAACUUCAAAGACAAGUACAUGAAUUGUCUCAGAGAAAACAGUUAUGAAAACAGUAUGUGUCGGGAGCAGUCAAAACAAUACCUGGAGUGCAGAAUGGACAGGCAGUUGAUGACCAAGGAACCACUGCAAAAGUUAGGAUUUAAAGACUUGCUGGAUGAAGAUAGCCGGAACACAACAGAGACCGAAUCCUAAAUGACAGUAGCUCGUACCAUUACACCUGUAUAUAUCGAAUUUCAUUAGAGGCAACGUUUAUGAGGCAUACUUUAUGAAGUGUUAUUAAAAAUAAAAUAUUGUGUAUUCAA